GAAGCCGCCCAGGUGGGAAGCGGCUCUCGGAAGGGGGCGAACGGCGCGCUGGGGCCUCCUUGACGUUCGGGAGGCGUCUGUGCGGGCGAGCGCGGCCCCCGGGGGCGGGCAGGGGAGAAUCCGGCGGCGGGCCAGCCCCGCCGUCCUUUCCCCCCGCACGCCCGUCGACCUUGUGGGCGGAAGCUUCCCAGAGCUGCUCACUCCCGCGCCAUGGCGACUGCUGCGGAGACCGAGGCCUCUUCGACGGACGGGAGCUGGGGAGGCGGCGGCGGAGACGACGGGAUGAAACCAGCGCUUCCGGAGCCGGAGUCCUCGCCACAAGAUGGCGGCGGCGGCGGCGGCAGUGGCUUCUCCGCCGCGGAGGUCGGCGGCGGCGCGGGGCCCGAGGAGACCGCCCGGAGCCACUGCCACGAGCAGCCUCAGCACGCUUCCGAGGCGGCCGCGGCCGCUGUCCCCAAAGGCGCCGAAGAGCCGGAAAGGCCCGUUAGGCGGAGUUUUCAGAUCCCCAGGAAGAGCAGAGAAAAGAAAGCACUUUUCCAGUCAUUAACUCCAGGCUCUAGAGAAUUUGAAGAUGUUUUAAAUAUUCUCCAUUCAUCUUACCUUGAGCCAUCCUCAGUAACACAUUUUAACUAUAGAAGAGCUUGCUUGAUACAUAAUGAACUUUUGGAAAAAGAGUUUACAGAAAAGAGAAGAGAACUGAAGUUUGAUGGUCGAUUGGAUAAGGAACUUUCAGAAUCUUACGCAUUUCUCAUGGUUGAUCGAUACCAGGUUCAAAGCAUAUGUGAAAAAGGAUUGCAAGUGGGCCAGUCCAAAAUAACCAUUCUUGGCAGUCCUUCCAUGGGUGUCUAUCUGUGUAGAUAUGCAGAUCUCUUACAGGCUAAUCCUUUGGAAGUUGGGGCAGUGGGAGAUGUUGUUAUUUUUAAAAUAAUGAAGGGUAAAAUAAAGAGUAUUUAUGAUCCUCUGAGUGUAAAAAGCUUGGAGCCUAUGUUAAAUAAAAAUGCUUUGGAUCCCACACCAAAGCAUGAAUGUCAUGUGUCUAAAAAUGCCAGUAGAAUUACAUCCCUUUUGGCUUACAGAGCCUAUGAACUCACUCAGUAUUAUUUUUAUGAGUAUGGCUUUGAUGAACUAAGACAAAGGCCAAGACAUGUUUGUCCAUAUGCAGUUGUGUCUUUUACUUACAAAGAUGAUAAACAAACUGCAAAGUUUGUGUCUUCACUGAGAUCUAACAGCUUUAAUGCAGAUAGAAACAUAGAAAGAGUUUACUACACACUGUGGAAAGGACAACUUUUAAAUAAAGGAAAGCUUCUGUGUUACAUUUCUUUGAGGUCAUCCACUCGUGCCUUUUUGCCUAUCAAGCUUCCUGAGAAGUUAGAUGUUGAAACAGUUAUGAGUAUUGAUUGUUUGAAACAGAAAAUUCCUCCUGCAUUAUUUAAUAAAGACACAUACUUGGGUCCUAAUGAAGUUUUAAAGAAUGGGAUGUAUUGUAGCCUUUAUGAAGUUGUAGAAAAGACAAGAAUUGGAAGUAAUAUGGAGUGCUUACUGCAAAAACUGGAGAAAGAAAAACUUGUUCUUGUUAAACCUUUAGGAGACCGAGGAUAUCUUUUUCUUCUCUCUCCAUACCAGAUGAUUUCUUCAUAUGAACAUCAGACUGUCAAGUCUCGAAUCCUACAUGCUUUGUUUCUGUUUCAAGAACCUAGAUGCCUAAUUAUCACACAAAAGGGUGUAAUGAAUCCAGCACCACAGGAGAAACAUGAGAGCAUAUCAGAUAUAUUAAAAAUAACUCAGUUUUUACAGUUUGCUUUGAUUCAGUGUCGAAAAGAAUUCCAAGAUAUAAACACUAUAAAUUUUCAUUCUGUUGUUGAAAAGUACGUAAGUGAAUUUUUUAAGCGAGGUUUUGGUUCAGGUAAGCGAGAAUUUUUCAUGUUUUCAUAUGAUUCACGAUUAGAUGAUAAAAAAUUCCUAUACUCAGCACCAAGAAAUAAAUAUCAUAUUGACGACUGCUUACAUACCUACAUUUUCCAGCCAGAAAUGUAUCAAUUACCUAUUUUUAAAUUAAAAGAGUUAUUUGAAGAAAAUCGAAAACGUCAACAAUUUAGUCCCCUUUCAGAUUAUGAAGGUCAAGAUGAAGAAAUUAAUGGUUCAAAAAUGAAAUUUGGAAAACGAAAUAGCUCAAGGGGUGAAACUACUGAUCCUGUCCAGGAGAAGUCGUCUCAUUCUCUAGAUUAUGAUAAGGAUAGAGUCAAAGAAUUGAUUAAUUUAAUUCAGUGUACAAAAAAAAAUGUGGGUGGGGACCCAGAUACAGAAGAUACCAGAAGCAAAAAUAUCUUGAAGAGGAAACUUGAGGAUCUACCUGAAAAUAUGAACAAGUUCGCCAAAACCAGCAAUUCAUCUGAUAAUUACCAUCUAUAUGAAGAGUCUCCACAGUCCAUUGGCUUACUUGGACACGAUCCUAACUUGAGACUGCAACAGGAAGAGGCAUGUAACAUUGGAGAUGCCCAUAAGCUUUAUAAUUGGUUAUCAGAAGCAUUAGCAAAUGAACGACACUCAGAUGCAAGGCACUCAGAUGCAUUCCUGACAGAUACAGUCAACAAGGCCUUAGGACUGAGUAGCAGUGGUGCCUGUGAAGAGCUAAGACAAAACUGUGACUAUGAGCUGAAUCCUUUAGAUAAGAAAGACUGUGAGCAGCCUGCUUGUACAAACGUUGAAAAUGUUCAUUUUAAGGGUGCUCAGAGCCCACUGCUAGAAGUUGAUGCAGCGUCUGUAAAGUACCCUACUCUUGGUUCUACCAGUGAGGAUCCUAAUUUAAUUAAUGUCAGUAAUUUUGAAGAGUGCAGUCUGUGUCCCACUGUUUCCAUUGAGCAUGGAUUCCUUAGACAACAUUCUAAGUCACAUGAUGAAGAAGAGACAGAAAUACAUUGGAAAUUGAUUCCAAUUACAGGAGGGAAUGCAAGAAGCCCAGAAGACCAGCAUGGGAAACAUGGUGAGAAACAAACACCAGGAAUAAAAUCACCAAGAGAAUCACUGGUGUGUCUGCCACCACUGGAGGCUUUUCCUCACGACCCUCGGGUAAUAAGUAGAGAAAGAAGUGCUGGUUACCAGUUUCCACCCUCUCCGUUUACAGACACUGUAAAGGGCACCACUGAGGAGGACCUGGUGUCAGGUCAGGUGGUGACAGUGGAAGAGCAGUGUGUGCCAGCAGCAGAGCCUCCUGCAGUGAGUGAGACCACAGAGAACACAGUGUUAGGAGAAUUCCAUCUCUUUUCUAGAAAGAUUGAAGAGAUUUUGAAGCAAAAGAAUGUUUCAUAUGUUAGUACAAUUUCCACACCUAUCUUUUCGGCACAAGAGAAGAUGAAUCGCCUUUCUGAGUUCAUAUAUUCUAAGACUUCAAAAGCUGGUGUACAGGAAUUUGUAGAUGGUUUGCACGAAAAACUAAAUACUAUUAUUAUUAAAGCAUCAGCUAAGGGUGGGAAUUUGCCACCAGUAAGCCCUAAUCAUUCUCAUACAACAGCAUUGAAUUCUCUGGGAAGGCAUAUUGUAUCAGUUUCUUCAAGUGACUUCAACAGUAAAGACCUUUUUCAGCCAUUGUGUCCUGAACCUUUAAAAGAUAUCAGUUCUAAUGAACAGUAUUCCUCUUCGAUUGAAGUAGAAAUGAAUCAGCUACACCCCUGCAAGGAAUUAGUUUUGACUUCUGAUCACACUGUACCUGGUGAUACUGCUCUGGAACCAGUAGAAAAAGAAAUAACAAAAUCACCUGGCGAUAUAAACAUUUCUGCACAGCCUGCUCUUUCAAAUUUUAUAAGCCAGUUAGAACCUGAAGUAUUUAAUAGUUUGGUUAAAAUAAUGAAAGAUGUCCAGAAAAAUACUGUGAAAUUUUACAUUCAUGAAGAAGAGGAGAGCUUGCUUUGCAAAGAAAUAAAGGAGUAUCUUACCAAAUUAGGCAAUACAGAAUGUCAUCCAGAUCAGUUUUUGGAAAGAAGGUCAACCUUAGAUAAACUAUUGAUUAUUAUUCAAAAUGAAGACAUUGCAGAUUUCAUUCACAAGGUACCUUGCUUGGUGACUUUAAAGAAGCUCCCAUGUGUUAGUUUUGCUGGUGUUGACAGCCUGGAUGAUGUUAAAAAUCAUACAUACAAUGAGUUAUUUGUGUCUGGUGGCUUUAUUGUGUCUGAUGAAUCAAUCCUAAAUCCAGAGGUUGUCACAAUUGAGAGCCUUAAAAUUUUUUUGACAUUCCUUGAAGAACUUAGCACUCCAGAAGGGAAAUGGCAAUGGAAAAUCCACUGUAAAUUUCAAAAGAAACUAAAGGAACUGGGCAGAUUGAAUACUAAAGCUCUGAGUCUACUGUCUCUUCUAAAUGUGUAUCAGAAGAAACAUCUGGUUGAGAUUUUGUCCUAUCACAAUUGUGACUCACAAAUGCGAAAUGCUCCGGAAAUGGACUGCCUUAUCAGGCUUCAGGCUCAGAACAUACAGCAGCGACACAUAGUCUUUCUAACAGAGAAGACUAUCAAGAUGGUUUCCAGUUAUACAGAUAAUGGAAUUGUAGUUGCAACUGCUGAAGACUUUAUGCAAAACUUUAAAAGUCUUGUGGGGUAUCACAGCUCAGCCACAGAAGAAAAUCUUCCGCUGCUUGGUGCUAAUGAGAACCUUGAGUCACAGUCAGCUCUUUUAGAAAACGGUGAAAAGGAUGAAGAGGAUAUGUCUCUGGAUUCAGGGGACGAAAUCUCACAUAUAGAAGUAUUCAGCAAUUUUCAUUCAGAAAUAUUGGCGAGAGAGACCAAAGGAUCAAGUGGAACAGAUCAAAAAAACAAUAAUCAAAUUGAAUUGCAGUCAUCUCUUGACGUGCAAAACAGUUUAUUAGAAGAUAAGACUUCCCAUAUUGAUUGUGAAGAGAGAGCUCCUAUUGAUAGAGUAUGCUCUGAAGGAGAGAACAGCAAUUCAGCAGAACAAGAUUCAUAUAGCAACGUUCAGGCUUAUCAAAGUCAAUUAGAAAUGUCCCGCCAGUUUUGUCACUUUAAUGUUCUCACUCAUCAGACGUUUCUGGGGGCACCAUAUGCCCUUGCAUCAACUCAGUCUCAAGAAAAUGAAAAUUACUUUUUAUCUGCUUACAAAAACUUGGAUAGAGAGAAAUCUCCAUUAAGUUAAGGAUGUGUCCAAAGAUAAAUUACAAUAACUCAAAAAAAAAUGAAAAGGAAAAAAAUAGGUUGUGGACUUUUUUCAGUUUCUGAAAAGUGAAUUCAUGUUUUUCAAGUUUCCUAACUUUUAAGAAAAUUUUUUCUUUCCCAUAUACUUAAAUCAUGUUGACCUGUAACAUUUGAAGCAUCUGAAAAUUGAAAUAAAUACUUUUUUGGACAUACUGUAAUCAAAUUAUCUCAUGUUGGCACCUUCCAGUUUCACAUUUGUUACCUGUACUUGGGCUUCAAAUUGAAGUCUGUUUUAUAUGUAAAAUUUGAUGUUUAUAAAAGAAUGGUAAAUAGAAAUGAUUUUCUUUAAUGUCAGAUGAUAACUUUGCUGAAAUGUCAAUUAUUUAUUUUGAUUAAAGCUUUUGUAUAGUGUUUUUACACAGGUAUAAGCCAGCAGUGUCAAUAUUAAUAGGAUUUUGGCUCUGUACCUCAAGCUAUAUCUAACAGUGCAAUUGCAAUUUAGCAAACCUAUGUCUACAAUACCAAGUAGCAUUUUCUCAAUCUCCAGGUUUAGCUGUGUAAAAAUUUAGCUUCACUUACGUUUUUUGUCAGCUUCUGUUUUCAGUGGUAUUGAAUAAUUUGGAACAGAUCUUUGAGGUGGUCUUAAUUAGAACUAGUUACAUACCUUAGUGCUAUACUAAAUCUAUACAAAAACUUUAUGGUGGAGAUAAAUUUCAAGCCCUUAUAUAACUUACAUCCCUUGCUUACUGUUAAUAAAUCUAUAUUGUGAAAACUGGGGCAUCUCCACUUUUAAUACUAUGAAAACAAAAUUUAUAGAAAAGCCACAGGAUUCUGAAAUGAAUUUGAGUGCUUUGAGUAAGAGUUUAGCUCAGUGUGUUAAUAUAGUACUUCUCAUGCCCUCAACACCGCUAACAGGUCAGAGGUCUCUAGACUCUAGUAUGGUAAGUAGGAAGUAAGUUUAUGUCUUAGUAUGGCAGAGAUCAUUUUUUUAAACUACAAACUGUUUUAUUGUCUUUAAAAAAAUACAGCAUUUCCUUACAUAAUGUGAAGUUUUUCAUUGGGUGCUUGGAAAAUGCAGUUGAGUGGUGAGCAUAUUUAAAAUGAAGAACUAAAAUUGUCUUCUUGGUUUGCAGUUAAGGGUAUGAGAUUCGUUUCCAGCUCCUUUUGUUUCUGGAGAAGACCCUGCAAUCACAUUGAUAGUUAGUGAAGGUGUGAUAGCCAAAUUAAAUACAUGGUAGGGAAAAAUAAUUGGCUCAGGAUAGAAUUGUUAUUGGACAUAGCUCAAGUUUGAUCUUUUUAAGUAAUUUUUGUAGUGGUCCCUCUUCCUUUGGGUGUUACCUAGCUAGAGUAUUUUCUACUAUAUAAGCAACGUGGAUGAUUUUCAAAAUCAUGAGAAGACACAGUGAGAGUCUUAUCUUAGCUCUGCUGAAACAGUGUGAGGGUUAUGGUGAAGUGUGACCGUCACACUUCUUUCUCUUGUUCCUUUAUAUGAGUUACUAAGGUUGAGUCAUGCUCAAGCUGUAUGUAACCAGAGGUAGCACUUAAAGGAUACAAGUAAAUGGGUUAGUUUUCUAGCUUUGGGAAGAACAAUAAAGGGUAAACGACACGUGAGACAAAUUCUUCUCAAGUACAGUGUAAUAGGCCUCCGGGCAGGUUUCAGCACAUUACUGGGUUUUAUUUUUGCUUGAAUAAAAAAAGUGUCUGGUGAAUAGUUCCGUGUAUAUAAUGUCAUUCUUGGAACAGAUCUAUUCUGUUCUAAACUUACAAAGAAUGGACCAUAUUGGUUAAAAUUCACUAAAGCAUAAUUGUGUAUUUGUUUCUUUGGUUUUAGCACUUUAUUGUGUUUUGAUGUUUAAUGUACAUAUUUUUAAAUAAAAACUGUCUUAAUAAAUA